ACUUUUCAUAUAUCGUAAAUUGCGGCGUCGGGCGCGGGCGUAGUGUCUUCGAGUCUCUCUCUUUGCUCAGAGUUUUGUUUGUUGUUCAAAUGACCCAUGUGUUUCGGUGCGUGUUUCCGUGAUGGGUGAAAAGAAGAGUGCCAGUAAACGCAAACAUGUUGUAGAACAUGUGGAAGAUGAAGCGGAUUCAGUAGGAGGACAAGAAGAAGCCGAAGAGAAAAACUUUCUGACGACCAUAACAAAUGAAGGCGAUUCUUCAGAUGAGGAUUAUGAUUCAGAUUUAGAAGGGGGUACUGAUCAAGAGGAUGAGUUCUCAGAUGAGGAUAGUGAGGAACUAUCAUUUGAAGAAGAAGAAGAGAGUGAUGAGGAAGACAGUAUCAGAUCUGGUGGUAAUAGUUCUGAUGAUGAUGAUGACGACGACCAUGGUAGCGGUGAUGGAGAGAGUAGUGAUAACGGCAAUGCAGGAGAGAACAGUGAAGCCGUUAGUAGUAGUGGUGAUGCUCAAGGGCCUUCAAAAUCCAGUAGUGGUUCUUCUGUUCCUGAAGAGAAGCAAACAAUCAGAAGCAGUAAAACUGCCACAUCUAGUAAGUCAGGUAAUUUAAAAAAGACUAACAAUGCCAAAAAGGAAUUCGUUAAGUCAAAGAACGCAGUAGAACAACUCACUGUGAAAGAGAGUGGUGAGAACCAGAAAAAUGACGAUGAAUAUGAAACUGAUUCAUCUGAUGAAGAGGACAUAAGAAAUACCGUGGGUAAUAUCCCAAUGAACUGGUAUGACGAUUAUCCUCAUAUUGGUUAUGACUGGGAAGGGAAGAAAAUUUUGAAACCACCGAAGGGUGAUGAACUGGAUACUUUCCUGAAAAAGAUGGAAGAUCCAAAUUUUUGGCGGACUGUGAAAGAUCCACAGACAGGCCAAGAUGUAGUGCUUUGUGAUGCUGAUGUUGACCUUAUUCAGAGGCUGCAGAGUUCAAAGAUACCAGACGCUGAAUUUGAUGAAUAUGCGCCUUGGAUAGAAUGGUUUACCUCAGAAGUCAUGAAGACACCACUACGAAAGUUUCCAGAACACAAACGAUCGUUCUUGCCAAGUAAAUCAGAGAAAGAAAAAGUAUCUAAAUUGGUUCAUGCUAUAAAAAUGGGAUGGAUAAAACCAAGGAAAGAAAAAGAUAAAGAUCCAAAAUUUUAUAUGUUGUGGCAGACAGACGAUACAGCUGAACACAUGAGACGUAUUCAUGAUCAUAUUCCAGCUCCAAAACGUCAUUUACCUGGGCAUGCUGAAUCCUACAAUCCUCCACCAGAAUAUCUCUUUGAUGAAAAAGAAGUAAAACAGUGGAACAAGUUGCAAGCCACACCAUGGAAGAGGAAACUUCACUUCAUACCUCAGAAAUACAGGUCAUUGAGGGAAGUUCCAGCUUACAGUAGAUAUAUUAGAGAGAGGUUCUUACGUUGUCUGGAUUUAUACAUGUGCCCACGGGCAAGGAAGAUGAGGUUGACAAUUCAACCUGAAGAAUUAGUUCCACAGCUUCCAAGUCCGAAAGAUUUGCAGCCGUUUCCAACUGUUAUGUCACUUGUUUAUAAAGGACAUACUGACAUGGUUCGAACUAUUGCUGUGGAACCCAAAGGGCAAUUCCUUGCCUCUGGCUCAGACGAUCUUACUGUGAAAAUUUGGGAAGUAUCUACAGGUCGCUGUGUGCGCACAAUUCCAGCAGGUGGAAUUGUGCGAAGUGUCAGCUGGUGUCCAAAUCACUCUCUCUCUCUAAUUGCAAUAGCUGCCGACAAGAAGGUAUUGCUGGUUAAUCCAGGUGUUGGAGAUCACAUGAUUGUCAACAAAACUGAUAAUUUACUGCAAGAUCCACCAGAGCAGGACAUACUGAUUCCAGAGAGAAUAAAGAGUGCAGUCCAGUGGGAAAAGCCAUCUGAGAGUGACUGGAAAAAUGGAAUCCGUAUAAUACUGAAUCACUUCAAAGAAGUGAGACAGGUUACAUGGCAUGGUCGGGGAGAUUAUUUUGCCACAGUUAUGCCUGAAGGAUUGAAUAGGUCUGUACUGAUACAUCAGCUUUCAAAAUGGCGAUCACAAGUUCCAUUCAGCAAAUCAAAAGGCUUGGUUCAGUGUGUGUUAUUUCACCCAAUUCGUCCAAUAUUCUUUGUUGCGACCCAGCGUAAUGUGAGGGUGUAUGAUUUGGUAAAGCAAGAACUUGUUAAAAAAUUGCUUUCAAACUCCAGAUGGAUUUCAUCAAUGGCUAUACAUCCAGGUGGUGACAAUGUAUUAGUUGGAACUUAUGAUCGUAAGAUGCUAUGGUUUGACUUGGACUUGUCAACUAAGCCUUAUCAAACAUUGAGGCUUCAUGGUACUGCUGUACGGGGUGUCGCAUAUCAUAGGCGUUACCCACUCUUUGCAUCUGGCUCUGAUGAUUGCAGCAUAAUUGUAUCACAUGGCAUGGUUUACAAUGAUUUACUUCAAAACCCAUUGAUAGUGCCACUGAAGAGGCUAAGCCAUCAUCAGUCUACAAAUGAUUUUGGUGUCUUUGAUGUUGUAUUUCACCCAUCACAACCAUGGAUUUUUUCAAGUGGAGCAGAUGCUACAAUACGGCUGUACACGUGAAGUUGGAAGACUGCUGUUUCAAGAAGGUUCUGUGAUGAACUACAUCUUUUUUAUUGCAGUAAUUGUUCUAAACUGAUACCAUUAAAUCAGUCUUUAAUGGUUUUGAACAAAUUGAUUACUUCCUCAACUUUGCAUACAUUAUAACUGUGGAUCACAGGCCAAAGAUGUAUCAUCUUUGACCAUCAUAUGACUACCUAAGAUUGUAAACAGUAAAUAAAUGUAACCAUCUGUAAACCA